AUGGCAUCCUCCAAGAAAGUGAUCCUGUCCGUGCUCAGCCGAGCAGAGCAGUCGGAAGGGGUUGGAGCCAGGGUCCGCAGAAGCAUUAGCAGACCCGAGUUGAAAAAUCUGGAUCCAUUUUUACUGUUUGAUGAAUUUAAAGGAGGUAGACCAGGUGGAUUUCCUGAUCACCCACAUCGAGGUUUUGAGGCAGUGUCUUACCUCCUGGAGGGCGGCAGCAUGGCCCAUGAAGACUUCUGUGAACAUGUUGGUCAGAUGAACCCAGGAGACCUGCAGGUAUGGCCGACCACAAGUGCUGAUGGUUUCCUCUUCCUUUUCAGUCUGAUUUAUACUCGCACACCAACCUUAUAUUUGGACUUCAAACUGGACGCUGGAGCCAAGCACUGCCAGCCUAUUCCUAAAGGAUGGACAAACUUCAUUUACACCAUAUCUGGAAAUGUGCAUAUUGGACCUGAGGAUGCACAACAGAAAAUAGCACCUCAUCACACAGCAGUGCUGGGGGAAGGUGACAAUGUCCAGGUGGAGAAUAAGGACCCUGAGAGAAGCCACUUUGUUCUCAUUGCUGGGGAGCCACUAAGAGAACCAGUUGUCCAACAUGGUCCAUUUGUGAUGAACACCAAUGAAGAGAUUUCUCAGGCCAUUCUUGAUUUUAGAAAUGCAAAAAAUGGGUUUGAAAGAGCCAAAACCUGGAAAUCAAAGAUUGGAAACCAGUGAAGAGCCCAGGAGCAGAUCUCCGUGCUUUCUAGAAUUUUGCCAGUGGUGGCAUCCGUCCGUUCAGCACAUUAGAGUUUCCAGAGCUGACUGAGCCCAUGCUUCUAAUGAAUUCUACCCUGAAGUGAUAACACAGUUUUUAUAGCAACACACAUGAGUAUUUCCUGCUACAUGCAA